CAUAAACUCUUGAUUUUUUUUCAGUCCAAUGACCUUAUGAUAUAAGCAUAUACAAUAUGAUAUUAACAAGCCUUCUUUGCUCUAUAAAAUAUGCUUAUUGACCCUACGGUGGUAGGACGAAAUAUACGGCGAAUAAGAUGCCCAGCCACUCGCGUGACCUGCGGCGCCAGCCUACGGCAUCCCAACAAGCUUACCUAGUAUAUCCGUAGCUCGAACUAUGCCUUUCUCCCCAAUAUGACCAGAUACACCAACGCCAGUAUUUCUGGCUUUGUUUAAGACCAUGACGCGGAAUUUCUCUAUCCUCAAGCAACCCUUAAAGGUAUUGCGUCACUCGCCCUGGGCAAUCUCGACCGCCAUUCCCGCCCGAAUUGACCCGUCCCUGCUGGUUGAAGAGGAGAACUCACCCUACUACGAGACCGCCUAUUUUUAUCCGGCGCGUAUUGGGGUCAUCCUCAAUGACCGUUAUCAAAUAGCGACCAAGCUUGGCCAUGGAAGCAGAUCGACUGUGUGGCUUGCAAGGGACCUUCAUCAGUGGCGGUGGUCAAACGAGCGAUAUGUGGCUCUUAAGAUUAACUCCAAGAACACCCAUGCACGGAAAGCCGCUGGUGACGUUGAGCUGGAGAUCAUGCGACAUAUCACGAGAGCGAAUCGGCAACACGAGGGCUGGCACUUCGUUCGAAAAUCACUGGACUCGUUUUCCGUACAAGGAGUCUCAGGGGACCAUGUACGUCUCAUCUUCGAACCUCUACGUGAGUCACUUGAAAAAUAUUGUCGGCGAUGGCAAGGCGAAAUACUUCAAGCGCUUGAUUAUCUCCACACUGAAUGCCGUGUCAUCCAUACCGAUUUAAAGCCAGAUAACAUCAUGGUACGACUGGAAGAUCGGGCCCUCCUGUCCCAGGACGCCCGAGAUGAGUUCGAAAAUCCACUACCUCAGAAGCACUGCAGUGAUGGACGCAUCAUAUAUCUGUCUCGCAAUAACUACGGGCCGCUGAAGGACAUCGUCGGACUUAUCGAGAUUGUGGACUUUGAUCUAGCAGUCCAAGGCGAUUCUCCGCAGGAUGGUUGCAUCCAGGACGAGGUAUAUCGUGCGCCAGAGGUCAUCCUUGACAGAGGAUACACGUAUAGUGCCGAUAUAUGGAGUCUGGGAGUUAUGCUUUGGGAUUUCCUAGAAGGGCGAACACUAUUUGAAGCAGCUGAUCCACGCGCUGUUGAAGAUUAUGAUGACGAAACGCAUCUUGCGUAUAUAACUUCGCUCUUAGGUCCCGCCCCCAAAGGCUUUGUUGACUGUGGUAAGAGGACAUCGAUGUUCUUUACGGCUGCUGGAACACUCAAAGAUGAAGACCUUAUCCCCAGUAAUUUCAGCUUCGAAAGCACUCUCUCCAAGUUUGAUGGGGAGGAGAAGAGGAUGUUCAUUAACUUCGUUAAACGGAUGAUCAAAUGGAAACCUGAAGAGCGGAGUACAGCAAAGGAGCUAUCGCAGGAUCCAUGGCUUCACAAUGAACAUCCGCAAAUAUGAGACUGCAGUAUACUAUUAUCUUUGAUCCCAAGAUGGGGUAUCUGGAAGGAGUGCAACUUUUUCCGUGGGUCUUAAAGGCACAUUUGGAUAAGGGGAGUUUGCAAAAUGGAGAGCUGGGCUUAUCUCGAAGCGAAGAAGGAUCCCUGGAUUACCUUAGUCUGGAUAAAACAAGUAUUUUUAGGCCUGUGAAUGAAGCCUUUAUGUAACGGGAAGUACAUCCAGUUCUCUAUCUUCCAUGAUCCAAGUGCUAAUCGUAAGUAGAUUGGCUGACGACCGCCUAGCUUAUGUGAUUGCGAC